AUGUGCUAUCCUCUAUCAAUGACUACUUCAGAUGUUUGUCCACCACGGACGAUCCCUUACGAUGGAAUUUGUAAAACUGCAACAUGGGCAUCCGUCGGUAAGACCAUUGCAGGUGGGAACGGUCCAGGCUCUGCACUCAAUCAACUGAACAAUCCCUUUGGACUUUUUGUUGAUCCCAAUGAUGGCGAUGCUCUUGUUAUUGUUGAUAAUGGUAAUGGACGCAUAGUGAAAUGGGAACAAGGUGCAUCGAGUGGUCAAAUAAUAGCUGGUGGUAAUGGAGUUGGUAAUCGAAGUGAUCAGCUUGCGUUGCCUCGGUAUGUCGCAGUCGAUCACGAAGGGACAUUGUUUAUUACUGAGUACACUAAUAAACGAGUGAAUCGAUGGAAGAGAGGAGCUCACAGUGGAGAGAUAAUCAUUUCGAAUAUUUAUGUCAACGGUAUCGCUCUUGGACCCAUACUAGGAGAAAAUCAGUACUUAUUUGUGGGUGAUUGGUUCGAAGCACGUGUUCUCAAGUUUAAUAAGAAUGGAACAGGUAAUGGACAAGUAGUGAUCGGAAUCAAAGGUCCAGGUACUUCUCUGGAACAACUUCUUACUCCAUAUCAGAUGCAUGUCGAUCAGCAACAAUCUAUCUUUCUACCUGAAUAUUUGAACAAUCGAGUGACAAAAUGGAUUGCUAACAAUAGUAUUUGGACGACGAGUGCCAUUAUCGUUGCUGGUGGAAACGGUAACGGUAGCGAAUUGAAUCAACUAGAUGGUACUCUUGCUGUCACUGUCGAUCAGUCAGGUACAGUUUAUGUAGCUGAUUAUGGCAAUCAUCGAAUUACACGUUGGCUGAAAGGAGCUCAAAGUGGUACAAUUAUUGCCGGUGGUAAUGGUCAAGGUAAUCUCAAUACACAACUCAAUCAUCCAUAUGAUUUGGCUUUUGAUCGAAAUGGAAAUUUGUACGUGAGUGAUUUCUCAAAUCAUCGAAUUCAAAUGUUUGCUAUCGACAAAAGCUCAUGUACCAGUGGUGAGUUGUGUUUAUCGUUAUAA